AUGCUCAAGCCGGCAGAUCUGCCGGCUGUGAGGGGCACCUGCAGCUCGCUCUACCGGUUAGCCGUGCAUGCCCGCCCAUCAGUCUUCAUCCACGUGCCCCCCAAGCGCCCAUCCGACUUCCCCUCCUUCCUCGCCCGCGCCGGCCCCGCCCUCUCCGCGCUCACCAUCCUCCCCACCGCACAGCUCCCUGCCACGUGUCUCGCCCUCAUUGGCCCGCACUGCCCGGGGCUAGUUACCCUGAAUCUGACAGACCAGAAGGGGGUGACAGAUGCGGUGUUGGCAGGGGUGGGGGGAGGUUGUGUAGGGUUGAAGACUCUCAAGGUGAAGGUGCAUCACGGGAAGCUGAGUCAAGGGCUGGAAGCGAUCGCUGCCAACUGCAGAAUGCUAGAGACGCUCUCUCUUCCCACUCAGGCUCUCAAAGUGACGGUGCAUCAUGGGAAGCUGAUUCAAGGGCUAGAAGCACUCCCUGCCAACUGCCGGAUGCUAGAGAUGCUCUCCCUCCCCACUCAGCAUACGUGCUGCGCUGAGGACGCUCAAGGUGAAGGUGCAUCAUGGGAAGCUGGACUGGAGGCCAUUGCAGGCAACAGCAGAAUGGUAGAGACGCUCUCUCUUCCCACUCAGGUCCGGGAGUCCAGCCUCGGGCCGCUCCUCUCGUCCUUCUCGCACCUAACUCGUCUCGACCUGAGUUGGAGCACCAAGCUCGCAGACCCCGCCUUUGCCACCAUCGCCUGCUGCUGCCCGCACCUCCACCAUCUCGACGCUUCAUUCUCCCAGAUAUUCCACGUAGGCCUCACCUCCCUCGCCGCCCACUGCCCCACCCUCUCCUUCCUCCGCCUCAAUGCCUGCCAUGCCAUCUCACAUAUAGGUCUUGCCUCCCUCGCCGCCCACUGCCCCGCCCUCUCCUCCCUCCGCCUCAACGCCUGCCAUGCCGUCCGCCCACCCCACUGCCUCCCCAUUCUCUCCCGCCUCCCCUCCCUGCAAUCCCUCGACCUCGGCCAAAGCCCCCUUCUGGCUGACUGGGUGGAGGGGCUUUUAUCGCAAAAGGAGGGGGUGUUUGGCGAGAAGGUAAUUCUCACUCUCGCCUGUCCCUCUCUCUGCCGCAUCAACUUCGGCACCACAUCACGCAUCCUCCUCUCCCCCACUCCCUCCACCACCACCACCACCACACAACUCACCACCAGCAGCAGCAGCAGCGCUGUCAACGCCCUCCCUGGCCCUCCCACCACCACACCCACCUCUUCCUCCUCUCACAGACGCAUCCUGACACCCAGAAGCCCAAGUAUCUUCUCUCGUCUCGCUGCCCUUGCUUCUCCUCGCACCAAGCCGCUUGAAGGGUCGGCAGUGGCUGGAGGAGGAGGUCCCACUGGUGCUGGCAUUGACAAUGCCGGUGGCAGUUCCCUCGUGCUGCCCUGCUUCGGCAUGUCAGACACAGUAAUCUCCGCCAUUGCUUCCGCCUGCCCCAGCCUCACGUCUCUCCGCUUCGACCCCGGUUCCAAGAAACGCUACGCGAAGAUUCUCGGAAUGUUCCAAGUCGCCGGAGCGCUGGAUAUCGACUGCACCGUGACAGACGCAUCCCUCCAAUCGCUGGCCGCCAGCUGUCCGUCGCUCUCAGAGCUCCACCUCUUUUCAGACUACCUUCUGGGCACCGGUCUCGCCUCCCACUCCCCAGCUACACCUUCCUCCACUCCCCCCUCGCCCCCUCCUCCUCCGAUCCCCAAUUCGACAUCUUCGUCUCCUCUUCCCAAUCGUAGCCCACCCACCCCGUCCUCCCUAUCCCCUCUUCGCAAUAACAAUUCCUCCCCAUCCUCCUCCCCGUCGUCCUCCUCCCCUUCCUCCUCGCCUCUUCCCUCCAAGCCUCCCUACCGCUUCCUCUCCCUCAAGGCACUCUCUAUCACCAGCUGCUCUCUCGCUGACCCGGGCGUUGCCUGCAUAGUCACCGCCUGCCCCAACCUCCUCCGGCUGCUCCUGCGUGAUUGCAUACAGGUACAUUGCAUCAGCCUUACUGUUGGGCCUCGGGUAAUCGUAUCGUACCGCUUCCUCUCCCUCAAGGCACUCUCUAUCUCAAGCUGUUCUCUCGCUGACCCGGGUGUUGCCUGCAUAGCUGCCGCCUGCCCCAACCUCCUCCAACUUUUGCUGCGCGGUUGCCUACAGGUACGCUGCCCUUUCACUGGCUACAGGUAA